GAGAAAGCACAUCGACGGAGAAAGACUUGAGCAAGACGCUAAUAAGUCAGUCUUAUUGUUUGUUCUCCAGUUUGAAAUAUUUACGUCGUAUAAAAUACAUAUUUGAUUCUUUAUUCAAGGAUAAAAUUGACUCAAUGCGCUAGAAGCACUGUGCCGCUUCUCCUGCUAUCUUUGCUUGCUAGUUAGCUUAGCUCGCUAGUUAGCUUAGCUUGUUAGCUGCUAACAGAAGUUAUCAACACAUCGCUAAGUAGAGAUCAAGUGUGAGAGUAAAGUGUUGUGAUUGUGUGAAAAUGUCUACAUUACACAUGUUGAGAGCGUUGGUGGAUCAGCGACUAACUGCUGCCGUUGAAGAAAUAUUUGUAGUGUUAGAAAGAACGAUAGCAGAAUACGAGGCGGAACUUUCUAGAACAAAAGAGGAGAACUAUCAACUACUGGACGCUGUUUUCAAGAAACAUCAAGUUGUGUUACACGGCACAGACGUCAAAGAAGAACCUCUACCUCAUGAGCAGGAGGAGGAACCACAGCCCCCCCACAUUAAAGAGGAAGAAGCAGAACACAUCGUUAGUCAGGAGGGAGAAUGUCUUGAAGAUCUGGAGGAGUUCCCAGUGACUGGUGUCCCUGUGAAGGGUGAAGAUGAUGAGGUCAAAGGUGAAAGUGAGGAGAAGAGCAGCAGCUCAACACAACACAUGACAACAGAAGCUGAUGGAGACCACUGUGGAGGAUCACAAGCAGACAAGCUCUUAGCUCCACUAUCAGAUAGUGAGGACACAACGUCACACUCUCCUGACACUGAUGAUGAAGACUCUAAAGAUGAUAAGACAUGUCACACUGACAACACUCACUUCAAAUGUUCUCACUGUGACAAAACCUUUAAAUACCUUAGUUAUCUGAAAAGACACGUGAGAACACACACCGGAGAAAAACCUUUUUCUUGCUCAGAAUGUGGUAAAGGUUUAGUAACAAGUUGCAAUUUGAAAGUACACAUGAGAACACACACCGGAGAAAAACCUUUCAUCUGUUCACUCUGUGGUAAAGGUUUUACAGAAAGUCAGAAUUUGAAAGUACACAUGAGAAUACACACUGGUGAAAAACCUUUUUCUUGUUCAAUCUGUGGUAGAGGUUUUGCGCAAAGUUCAUCUUUGGUAAAACACAGAAGAAGACACACAGGAGAAAAACCUUUUUGUUGUUCAAUCUGUGGUAAAUGUUUUGUUCUAAAUUACAAUUUGAAAGUGCACAUGAGGGUGAAAAAUCACAUUCCUGUUCAAUCUGCAACAGAAGCUUUUGUGAGCGAUCAAACCUUGUAGCACACAUGAAAAGACACACAGGAGAGAAAGUGUUGAGUUGCAGUGUGUGUGGUGAAAGAUUGUCUUCUAAGUACCAGUGUAAGAAACACAAGUGUGCUGGUGAGAACAGCAGCAGCAAAUGAAACUGCAGGAUUUGAAAUAAACUGUCAAGACUUUAAUUUGGA